AUGGCCUCUGACGCAGCCUCCAUCUCCUCUCAGUCCACCGAGGCCUCCUUCGUGAAGCCUGCGCUGCCCGCCGCCGACGCCACCUCGGCCGAUAAGGCAGAGCGACGUCGCCUGCGCACCCGCCUUCGCACCGCGCUCUCCGACAUGGGCACCCCUCCCACUAGCCGCCAUGAUAAGGAGCAUGGGAUCGAGACGCCCAAGCAUGUUGAUCUAGGCAUGGUGCGCGCAUCUACGCUAUCGAGGACUUGA